AUAUCGAGGAGGUGGCCGAGGAGGAUAUGAUGGCAUGCGAAGCGGUAGAGAUGAUUCAGGAGGGUUUGGAGGUAGCGGAAUUAGUUCCGUAGUUCCCCGGAAUUACGACAUCUUUACAUACAGACAGACAGACAGACAGACACAGACAGACAGACAGACAGACAGACAGACAGACAGACAGACAGACAGACAGACAGACAGACAGACAGACACUGAAGACACAAAUCGAAAUCUCGAUCGACUGUACAUAACUCGGCCAAAGAGACUGGGCACAAGUAAACGCAGGCACGCAAUACUUCAUGUUAAGAAUAGUGUGCUGCCUUCGGCAGCAACAAACACAAAAACAUAACUGAUGCCGUGAUGCGCUAGCUUUAUAAUGAACGAUAACAUUGACUGCAAUUUCAUGCAUACCAGCUUCAAUUAAAGUGAAUUAUCGAGUUAAGAAUGGCUUAAAAACUUCGCAGAUAUGAAUGAAACCGACAACACAAAGCAAGUACGGCAUGGCAUUUUACUACUGAAAUGUUUACACUUACCCAAACCGGCACAACAACGAUUAAAUUAUCAAAGAUAUCAACAUCAAAACAUUAAAACAAUUAUUAUACAAACUUUGUUUCACGGUUGAACAGCCACUAAUUCAUGAAACUGCAGGCUUAUAUUUCCAGUUAAAAUCGAGGAAAAAAAAGUGUUGUACUUUCUUAAACUUUUUAACGAAAUGUAAAACAAAACAUUGCUUGUAAAACAGCAAAAUACGUCCAUUCAAAAUGAACAGCAAUUUACUUCGGCAGAUUUUGUACUCGCGCAUGCGCAUAACGUCGAAAACCGUCCAUGACAUAAACAAAAUGGAGGAUAACUUUGAACUCCGCUAUGUUUUCACAUACCCGGGUAUAAUUAGCCGUGCGGAAUUAGUACCCUCGCACGGCGCUUCGCGCCGCCGGCUCGGGGAUAAAGAGAUAAUUUUGAAGGGUCUGUACCAGUGUAGGUAGUGGCAAUAAUAAGAAAGCUUUGGAUUGAUACAACUAUCUGAAAAAUACAAGGAGAUAUAAUUAUAAAGAUAAACCUUUAUUAUGUGAACUGUAGUGUUUUGACUUUAUGUGGUUUUUCACUGGCAAAGUUUUAUUAAUAAAUUCACGUGGAGUGUAAACAACUACCAGAGAUGGCAAUAUAGAAAAUCUCAGUAAGAAAUAGUUAAUUGAAUUGGUUCCAAUUGAGAUAUUUACAUAAUACAUCUGUAGUAAUCUUCAGCCGGCCUUCCACUAGGCGAAUUUGUUCUUGCGAAGCCUUUUUCAAUUUUCACGCUCGGUUUAUCCGCCAUUUUGGGCACUGUGUCUUCCAAGUCUGCGAGUGCAGGCACUGCAAAAUACCACAUUUUAUCACUGCAGUUGUUUGUAUAAUGGUGAAUUUACAGUUACAACUUUGAAAAGUGACUUUUCACAUUGUUUAUUAAGGCACAUUUCCACUGAAGCAAAAUUUCCACGGACAGAGUCCAAAAAAAAGUUUAAAAUUUUCAACUUCAAAAUUUUUUCCGGCCAAUCACAUUUUACAAAAUUUUCCAUAACCGUUUAUCUCUUCUCUUUUUCAGGUUCUGGAAAUAACUUUGACAGCAACGCGGCGGCUACAGGAUUCAACGCCGUACCGGGUGCUAUUGCUUUUAACACCGGGGGCAGUGGUGAGGCGACCAACAGCUUCGGUAAUAUCGGUUCGGCGGCAGCGAGUACCGGCUACGGUGGGGGAUAUGGUGGAACCCAGGCGAACGCCAUGGAUAACUCUGACUUCUUUGGGGAUUCAGAAGAUGGAGCAUUUGUCAAUCAGUCCGGGAGGGAUGGCGAAUGA